UUUUUUUUUUUUUUCAUUUUUCAGCAAUGUUUGCAAGAAGAAUCGUAACUUACAUUAAUCCCAAGCCAGGCAUUUAUCGCUUCUAUAGCUCACAAGCGGCAGCCUUAAGAAUUCAACCAGAAAUACCAAACAACAAUGCUGAUUCUCAAGAAAAGAAGCCAAUUGUUACCAAGUACUUGAUAGAUAAUUAUAAUCGACAGCAUAAUUAUCUACGUAUUUCUUUAACAGAACGUUGCAAUUUAAGGUGCACAUAUUGUAUGCCAGAAGAGGGUAUUCAAUUAACACCAGAAUCACAGCUUUUGAAAAAGGAAGAAAUUUUACAUUUAGCAAAGCUUUUCGUUAGUCAGGGCGUAACAAAGAUUCGUUUAACAGGUGGAGAACCCACGGUACGACCUGAUAUUAUUGAACUCGUUCAAAAACUGGGUCAAUUAAAGCAAGUUGGACUCCAGAGUUUAGCAAUGACUUCAAAUGGGAUUGCUCUGAAACGUAAAUUGCCUGCUUUAGCAGAAGGUGGAUUAGAUACUUUGAAUGUUAGCUUAGAUACGUUGGACCCUCACUUGUUUGAAAUUAUGACACGACGAAAAGGCUUUGAAAAAGUGGUGGGUGCGAUUGAUGAAGCCAUUAGAUUAAAUAUUCCUCGUGUAAAGAUCAAUACAGUAGUGAUGCGUGGGGUGAAUGAUCAAGAGGUACUGAAAUUUGCUGCCUACACAAAAGAUCAUCCUGUAGAUGUACGAUUUAUUGAAUACAUGCCAUUUGAUGGAAACAAAUGGAAGAGUGAUAAACUUGUUCCCUACAAGGAGUUGAUUCAUAAGAUAGAAUCUAUCUAUGGUCGAAUGAACAAAGUAGGUGAUGCUUUAAACGAUACAACAAAGCAUUAUCAAAUACCUGGAUAUAAAGGAAAAUUAGGAUUUAUUACAUCAAUGACAGAUCAUUUUUGCGGUACAUGUAAUAGAUUGCGUAUAACAGCAAAUGGAAGUAUUAAGGUAUGCUUGUUUGGUAAUGCAGAAGUAUCAUUACGCGAUAUGAUACGGGAAGGAAAGAGCGAUGAAGAGUUAUUAGAAAUAAUUGGAGCAGCAGUAAAGAAAAAGAAGAAACAACAUGCUGUUGUUCAUCCCUUUGGUUUGCCUUUUAGUGGGAAUAGAAGAAUACCAGCCUUCAUGAUCCCUUCAACUACAUUGAGUCAAAGUAUACGCUACUAUUCAACAAAAGCCAAUGAUGAUGAUGAUGGUGAUAAACCAAGAUUAACACAUACGGAUCCAACUACAGGAGAAGCUCGUAUGGUAUCUGUAACAGAUAAAGCGCCUACAAAGCGAGAAGCUAAGGCAGUAGGCCGUAUCAUUUUGCCUCAGCAAGCCUAUGAUCUGCUGAAAUCGAAUCAAGUGCAUACCUUGAAAGGAAAUGUAUUGACGGUAGCACAAAUAGCUGGUAUUCAAGCAGCCAAGACGACCUCUCAUCUUAUUCCUCUUUGUCAUCCACUUUUGUUAGGUUUAAUUGAUGUCCGACUUUGGCUUGAUGAUGACAAGCAAAGUGUUGAAUGUGAGUCGACAGUACAGACAUCCGGGAAGACAGGUGUUGAAAUGGAAGCCUUAACAGCAACAAGUGUGGCUCUAUUGACUGUCUAUGACAUGUGUAAAGCAGCUUCAAAGGAUAUGAUUAUUGAAGGCGUUCGUGUCAUUGAAAAGAAAGGGGGUAAAAGUGGACAUUGGAAAUCAUCAACUUAUAAAAUAUAAGCAUUUUGCCCUCUUCCCUCCUCCCUUCUUUAUUUUAUUUUAUUUUAUUUUAUUUUAUUUUAUUUUAUUUUAUUUU